CCAAGCCUGGACCAAUUGGCUAGAUGUUAUAGCCUGCAAAGUUUGCGCUUCCCUUCUUCCAUUGGGUUGGCGGAUCUUGAACGGGUCCAAAGCGUACCACAAACAGGGAUCACACGCCCUAUGCAAGUUGUCAAUGAAAGUUCCGGCUUGUCAAUACCCAGUAACUUGACACUAUCCAGUAGGUACAAGCAUAGAUCUUUUUCAAACGAAGAAACAGCUUACUAGUUGUCUCAUUGGUUAUUGAGUCAUCCGUCCCUAGGUCGAAUUAUUUAUACUUUGCCCCUGCUUGAUCUCAUUACCUUCGCCUCUUUUUCGUUCAACUCUUCAAGUGUAUACUAAUCUUCAAGGGGAAACUCAUUCUAUCUUGAGUCGACACAACUUCUACGCUCCAAUUUAGCCUCUUACGUAGAGUCCAUCCCGAUCUUCACCUCAUACACCAUGGCUCCCGUUGCGGUCCCCUCGACCGUCCACGACGGCGAACAGGACUUGGACCUGACUUCUUCUGCCAUCGACCACAGAUUAACCGAAAAUGAUCACACUGGUGGUAAUACUAAUGGCCAAACUACUCUAUCGUCGAACGAAAAUGGCAAUGGCGUCUCUCAACCAAACCUCCAUGAGAUAAAUGCUUCCAAAAUCACAUAUACAUUUACCAAGGAACCGCGUGAUGUCCCUCCUCCUGGCGUCCACUCUAUCGAUGGCGCAACGGUGGCAACCGACCACAUGAUUACAGUAAAAUGGACGGCAAAAUCUGGAUGGCAGACUCCGGAACUUAAGCCUUAUGGUCCCUUAUCGCUUAUGCCAACGGCUUCUGUUCUCCACUAUGCCACGGAAUGCUUUGAAGGUCUAAAGGCGUACCGCGGUUUCGAUGGAAAGCUACGCCUGUUCCGACCUGAUUGCAAUGCUGCCCGUUUCCUCUCAUCUUCAGUGCGCAUCAGUCUGCCAACUUUCGAACCUGCUGAAGUGGAAAAGUUACUUUUGGCCUUGAUGGCUGUAGAUGGCCCCAAAUGGCUACCUCGUGACCGCCCCGGAAGCUUCAUCUACCUGCGUCCGACGCUCAUCGGAACCCAAUCACAGCUUGGCGUACAGGCGCCCACAGAGGCUCUUCUCUACAUCAUCGCUACCUUUAUGCCAAUUUUACAUUCGCCGGCUGGUGGCAUGAAACUCCACACGUCACCAGAUGACAUGGUACGUGCCUGGGUUGGCGGCUUCGGAUAUGCGAAGGUCGGCGCAAACUAUGGUCCUUCUCUUUUAGCGACCCAAGAGGCCCGCGCAAGAGGUUUCGGCCAAAUCCUUUGGCUAUAUGGUAGCCAAGGCUACUGCACAGAAGCUGGAGCAAGCAAUUUCUUCGUCAUAUGGAAGAGCAAAGAGGGAAAGACUCAACUCGUCACAGCUCCAUUGGACGAUAGAUUGAUCUUGGAUGGUGUCACUAGACGCAGUCUUUUGCAGAUUAUUCGCGAGCGGCUAAGCGAUGAGAUCGAGGUAGUGGAGAGAAAAUACACUAUCCAAGAGGUGAUAGAAGCCAACGAAGAGGGUCGACUGCUAGAGUCGUUUGCGGCUGGCACGGCAUACUUCGUCUGUCCAGUUUCACUCAUCCACCAUCGCGGGCAGGAUGUCCAGAUCCCUAUGGGAAAGACAGGCGAAGGCGGUCCAUACACCCUCCAGGUGAAGAAAUGGCUCGGAGACAUCAUGUACGGAAACGUAGACCACCCGUGGGGCGUCGUCGUACAGGAGGAGCACUAAGACGCAUAAUUUUCUC